GUUUUUGCCGGCGGAAACCGUUACGGUGCGCGUGCGUGCAAUAAGAUGCGCCGUGCGCGCAAGUUUUAGCCGAGACGUUUCCAAAGCCUUAUAAAACGUGUGACCGGGUGCGUCCAAGCCAGUUCUGGUCCCACGACUGUGGAGUAAAAACGUCAAUAUGCAGACAAUCAUCUUUGUUUUGUUGGCAGCGACCCUGGCCGUGGCUCUUGAAGGAGGGCAAUACUACGUGCCUCGCGCAUAUUACACUAUCGACGCGGAGGGCCACGAGUCCGCGCCGGUGCCUCUGCGACGUCUCCGACGCUCCUUGAAUCCGUAUCCCUAUUCACACUCCGGAAGUGCUAGUGCUAAUGCCAAUGCCAACGCUGAAGCCCGCGGAUGGGGCGAAGCUAAUGCCAAUGCGAACGCCAAUGCUCACGCGGUUUCUGGUGGCUGGGGCUCCGGUCACGGUGGCUGGGGGAUACCUUCGGGCGAAUAUGGCUCCGCAAACCCUAACUUACUCAGGAAUGGAAUGACAGCUCGACAAUCAGGACCAGUGUUGGGACGCUCAGUCAGUGCCACCUCCUCCGUCGGUAUGGACUCAUCCGGCUUUGGAUAUUUUGACCAAUCUGCAUCAGUUUCUAACUAAAUGUACCUACUACGAUAUUAAACUAAAUGACGAUAUUAUGAUCAAGCCGUCCGCUCAAGGAUUAAUUCUACGCCUACGUAUAUUCAAGCAGCAUUUCGUUUAAUAAACAACACUGCACAAUGUUUUUUAUUAUGAAAUUCAUACACGGGAAUAGUCUCAUAAUAUGUAGUAAUAUCAUCAUCUUUAAAGUCAUAAACACUAUAUUAUUGCACAUUGCCUCUGCUUAGCAGAACUACUGUAUGUGAACAAUAGAAUUACAUAAGCACGCGUGCGGUAUUCACUACCUAAAUCUAAUUGCAAGCCAUCGAUUUGUAGUCCAGACAUUGCAGUUGCGCUGGAUGUAAAUUACGCCCUCGUUAAUUUUUAUUGUUUUUUGUCCGCACUUUUACGAUUUCUUAUACUUUUACUAAAAACUCUUUGAAAGAUGGCAGAUGCGGGUUUUUAAUGUAUUUUGGAAGUGUUAUUAAUAUCGUAAUAACUAAAUAAAUUUAAAAAUAACAAGUUAAGAUACGUAAUUUAAUGAAUGUUACUUUUGUGUUAUUUUUAUUUUUUCGACUUUUAAAUUUAAGAAAUCUGUCGGCGUGCGAUGGAUCAAAAGUAUUUAUUAUUUUUAUUAAUUGUGAAUAAAAAUAUAAACCUUUAGAGAUUCGUUAAUCUCAUCCAAUAAUAGCCUAACAUAAUAUUCAGGUAGAGUUUAUAUAAAAUAAAUAAAUUAAUUGUUUAAAA